AUGCCCUCCCUCAACAUAAACAACCACCACCUCCACUACGCCGACUCACACCCCAACGGCGCCCCAGAACAAGGCCACACCAUCGUCUUCAUCCACGGCCUGGGCUCCUCCCAAAACUACUACUUCCCCAUCCUCCCGCAUCUAACCAACCACCGCUGCAUAACAAUCGACACAUAUGGCUCCGCCCGCUCAACCUACACGGGACAACCGAUCUCCAUCGCCUCCAUCGCCGCAGAUGUAAUCGGCGUCCUAGACGCACUUAGCAUCCCCAAAGCCGUGGCCGUCGGCCACUCAAUGGGCGGCCUCGUCGUCACCCUGCUUGGCGCCCAGUAUGCAGACCGCAUAAAGGCAGUGGUAGCUAUUGGGCCGACGCAUCCUUCCUCGACGCUCACGACGGUGAUGAACAAGAGGAGCGAGACUGUUUCCGAAGGUACCCUACACUCCACUACUCUCCCAACCCAUCCCACCAACACAAUUCUCCGCAAUAUCACUAACACACCCCCAAAAGCCGGCAUGGAACCAAUGGCCAACACCAUCCCAUACCAAGCAACCGGAUCCGGGACCUCAGCGCUCACGAAGUCGUUCAUCCGGGAACUGAUCCUCGGGCAGAACCCCGAGGGCUACGCCGCGCUUUGUCGGGCCAUUGCUGCAGCGCCCAUGAUCGAUUAUUCGGCUGUCCAGGCGCCGUUCUUGCUUAUUGCUGGCGAGGAGGAUAAGUCUGCGCCGUUGGAGGGCUGUCGGGUUAUUUUUGACGGCGUGGCCAGUGAGAAGAAGAGCUUGGAGGUACUGCAGAAGGUGGGUCAUUGGCAUUGUGUUGAGGCGCCGGAGGCUGUGGGGGGUUUGAUUGCAAGGUUUGUUGGGGGGUUGGUUUGUAGGGAUUUAGAGGAUUUUAAUUAA